GGGGAUGGAUCUUGUGGCUGUGAGGCUGAUCCUGGCCCUGCACAACCCACAGGGCUGUGUGCAUUGCUGCAUUCAUGGCCUCAGCCCUCACCUCAAGCAGCCCCAUCUGGGCUCCCCCAGGCUUGGCCCUAUUUGGCAUCUCACUGCUUUAAGAGAUAGAUGCAUAAAAUACAUCCAAACCCACCUCAACUUCCAUCAGGUCCUCCCUUUAACCCCCCAGCCAUCCCCGUGGCUGUUCUUUGUCAGAGAAUCCCAAGCUCUGGAUUUAAAAUGAGUUGACUGCUUCUUCUUAAUAAAAACAUCCCCCCCACACCCCACCCCCCCUCUUUAAAUUGAACAUAUCACAGAGCCAGUGGGUCUGUUUGUAAGGAAGAGACAGCUCAGAGAGGAGAAAGAGGGGAAAAAACAACAAGUAAAAACACACACAUCUCCCCAAACCCCUUCUGCCUAAUCCAACUGAAUUAGAGGAUUUUGAAGUGGAUUUAAAACUAAAUCUUGAUUAGGGAGAAUUUCUCUCCAAGAGCUGCUGCACAGUAGUAUUAAUGGGAAGCGAUCGUGGACAGAGGAAAUAGGACAGAACUAACUGACUCACGUCUGUGCACAAACUGAAAGAAUCAGAGAAUUUCUCGGGAGGAAAAGGAAGAAAUUUAGCAUCCACACAACAGGACUCAGUGCCUGGAGGAGCAGCCAGACCUGCAGAUCUGCCUUUAUUCGACAUAGGGCUUGCAGGUGGGAAGCCAGCAGAGUUGGAAGCCAGGAGGACAGGCAGCCCGUGCCCCCAUGCUCACAGGACACAUGCCUGGAGGUGCCCAUGGGAUCCUCUCUCUGAUGACUGUGGUGUUUGUCCUCCCAGAGGUGUCUGGGCUCCAGUGCUACGGCUGCAACAUCAUUGUAGGCACCAAGUACGUGGACACGGGGUGCUCGAACCCAGAGGUGAUCACCUGCUCACACUCCCACCAGGGUUUCAAACACCGGUUCUGCAUUAAGACUGAAAGUGUGGUCCUGGGCAUCCUGCUGACCAGCGGCUGUGCCACCUCCCGUCACUGCCAACAGCAAGAGCUGCCAGGGGUCCGCAUCCACUGCUGUGACACUGAUCUCUGCAAUGGCUCUCCCCAGCCUCCCCCCAGCCUUGCUGGUGGCUGCCUGCUGCUGCCCAGCCUCCUGGCAGCCCUGCUGCUCUCCUGAUCUCCCUGAGUCUGGGGAGUGAUGUGUGGCCAUCAGAAGGAACAGGAGAGGGGAUGAACCCAUCCCUGCUUGCCCCUCUCCUCAAAUAAAAGCCACCGAAUGCUUUG